GUGCUCUCAAGAAAUUCCUAUUCGGCGAAUCAUUUUUUGUUUAUUUAAUUUAAUUUAGCCCAAUAUUAAGCGCUAAAAUGGGACCCGAGGAGGAGCUGCUGUUCCGCAACUUCCAGCGCCUGAAGAGCGAAAUGUUCGACGACGAGAAGGAGUCCACGACCACGUCCCGCGAGCAGCAAAAGACGGAGGCCUCGGUGGAGAAGUGCUUCGACCGCUUCGAGCAGCUGAUAUUCACCCACCCGCGCCUCACCCAGAUCUUCCGGCUGGAGCACCAGUACUACCUGGACGCGAUGCUCCGGCGACUGCCCUCCAACUACGAGUGCCUGGACAGCAGUCGUCCGUGGUGCGUCUACUGGAUCCUGCAGGCGGCGCAGUUGCUCAGCUUCAAUUUCGACGACCAGACCUUGGACCAUGUGGUGCAGUUCCUUGGCAACUGCCGUGCGCCCACGGGAGGCUUUGGAGGAGGACCCGGACAGUAUGCCCACCUGGCGCCCACCUAUGCGGCUGUCAACAGCCUGUGCAUCAUUGGAACCGAGCAGGCCUACCGCGCCAUCGAUCGCCCUACUCUCGUCCAGUUUCUGUUCAGCGUACGCGAAGCGGACGGAUCUUUCCGUCUCCAUGUGGACGGGGAGACGGAUGUGCGCGGCGCCUACUGUGCCAUCUCCUGCGCCAAGCUGCUGAAUCUUCCGGAGCCGGUGAUAAAGGAGCUGUUUGCCGGCACCGGCGAUUGGAUAGCCCAGUGUCAGACGUACGAGGGCGGAUUUGGCGGAGCCCCUGACCUGGAGGCACAUGGUGGGUACACCUUUUGCGGUAUCGCCGGACUGGCACUGCUUAACGAGGCGGAGAAGUGCGACAGGCAGGCCCUGCUGAAGUGGACACUGCGCCGCCAGAUGACCUACGAAGGAGGCUUCCAGGGGAGGACCAACAAGCUGGUCGAUGGCUGCUACUCCUUCUGGGUGGGCGCCACCAUACCCAUCACACAGGCCACGCUAUCGGGCGUCGACAAGCAGAUGGAGCACACCCUGUUCGAUGUGGAGGCCCUGCAGGAGUACAUCCUGCUCUGCUGUCAGAAGCAAAACGGCGGGCUUAUCGACAAGCCCGGAAAACCGCAAGAUCUCUACCACACGUGCUAUACCCUCAGUGGCGUCUCCAUUGCCCAGCACUCGGAGUGCGCCAACAGCCCGCAGGUCCUGGGCGACACCAUUAACGAGCUACUGCCCACCCACCCACUGUUCAACGUCCCACCGAAGUCCGUGGCAGCUGCCAGGAGCCACUUUAGCAAUUCCAAUGACACUGAGUUCUCGGCAAGCGACAGUCCCAGCAAGGAUAACAGUUAAGGUUUUGAAUUGGAAGGACGAUGCGUUCGGGGA